GAAAAGUAAAUUUCUGGGUUCUAGAGUAAAAUGGCGUUUGCCUUGGUUAGAAGAGGGUUCACGAUUCCAGCAUUGAUCAAAUGUUUUAUUCGUCCAAAAACAAAAUUACUGAAGGAAGGCUGCUGUCAGUAUUCCUUUUAUGCAUCAAAAAACAUCCCUGAUGUUAUGUACCCUAUUCCAGCCAGUAGUUGCUUCUGCAAGAUAUCUAAUUCAAGAUCGUUUUAUUUAUCGACAGCUAAUCAUGGAGAAGUGGUGCCAUUUAAACUCUCGGACAUUGGAGAGGGGAUAGGAGAAGUGACUGUUAAAGAGUGGUUUGUCAAGGUUGGAGACAAAGUAAACCAAUUUGAUAGUAUUUGUGAAGUACAAAGUGAUAAAGCAUCUGUUACCAUAUCUAGUCGCUAUGAUGGCAUAAUUACGAAGAUUUAUCAUGAAGUUGAUGACAUUGCAAAGGUGGGAUUGCCACUUGUUGAUAUAGAGCUUGAUGGAGAUACUACUGAACCAGUAAACCAGAAAGAUGAAGAUAUUGAUAUUGGUCCUUCCAGUCAAGGUCUUGAUUCAGUCCUUGGCCAAUCAGACAAAGUUUUAGCAACACCAGCUGUUAGAAGGCUUGCUAUGGAACAUAAUGUGCAGCUUGGUAACGUUCAAGGUACUGGAAAGAAUGGUAGAUUACUAAAGGAAGAUGUUUUUAGAUACAUAGAAAGACUUAAAGAAGAAGAAGGAUCCAAAGUUCAAGAGCCACCAUCUAAACUGACCAAGGGAACUCUUGCGCAGAAACCAUAUGAUGGAGCCACUCCACCUCUUUCUACGUCUAAGGUAUUCCCGUCCAUUCCAGAACCAGUUAUUGUCAAAGAUAAAAUGGAACCUAUCAAGGGUUUUCAGAAAACCAUGGUGAAGACCAUGUCACAGUCUCUGGCCAUCCCCCACUUUGGUUACUGUGAUGAAGUAUGUGUGACCGAACUAGUAAUGCUUCGUUCAAUACUGAAAAAGAAAGCUGGAGAAAGGGGUGUUCGCUUUUCUUUCAUGCCAUUCUUUAUUAAGGCAGCAUCGUUGGCUUUAAACCAGUUUCCUGUUCUAAAUUCAUCAGUGGAUGAAAAGUGUGAAAACAUUAUUUACAAGUCAGCUCACAACAUAGGAGUUGCCAUGGAUACACAGCAAGGACUAAUUGUGCCAAACAUAAAGAAUGUUCAAAACCUAAGCCUACUCCAAGUGGCUACUGAGCUAAACAGACUACAAGAACUCGGUGAAAAAGGCCAGCUAGGUUCUUCCGAUCUGACAGGAGGGACUUUUACAUUGUCAAAUGUUGGAGUUAUUGGUGGUACCUACGCCAAGCCUGUUAUAGUUCCUCCAGAAGUUGCAAUUGGUGCUGUUGGUAAAAUUCAAGCUGUCCCAAGAUUUGAUGAACAAGAUAACGUGGUCAAAUCCCAUGUUCUUCAAGUCAGCUGGUCUGCUGACCAUCGAGUUAUUGAUGGAGCCACUAUGUCCAGAUUCUCAAACUUGUGGAAGUCUUACCUUGAAGACCCAACAAGCAUGCUGUUGGACAUGAAAUGAAACUAGACUCAACCUAGUAGUGUUUAGGGAUCAAAUUUGUAUUUUAUUAUAUAUAUCAAAAAAAUUCAGUUAAAGGGUUCACUUAAAGGGUUCAGUACAGCCACUCAUUCUUCUCUAUAGCUAUG